CUCAGAAAGCCAAACUUCUCGGCAGCUGGGAGACUGGUGUGCGGAAGCGAGAGCUCAGCAACGAAACCCAAAUCCUGACUCUCGGGAGCCUCCCACCCCGCCUCCUUGGGCAAGGAGGGCGCGGAGUCUCCGCUGGGGGCGGAGGAGGCGGCCCGGAGGCGGGGAGGGGGAGGCAAACCCUGCCCACUGGGCUUGGAGCCUGGAACCGCCGCGGAAGUCGGAGGCCGGCGCGCAGGGCGAGGAGGGCAUCGGGGGCGGGGGGCUCUGCUCCCCGCCUGACCCCUCUCGCCCCAAUCCAGGAAAGUGAAGGCUCUUCGGACUUUUGAGCCAGGAGAUAGACAGACCGACACGGCCGGCCGCACCGGGUCAAGGACUUGCCCCACCCGUGUCCCCCACCAGGCGCUCCCAACUCACUGGUGAGCGCAGCGGCCCGGGCGCUGGAUGCGGGGGCGGCCGCGAUGGCACCGCGCGCGGGACAGCUGGGCCUUCGGGGGCCGCUGCUGCCGGGGCUGCUGCUCGCGGCGGCAGCGCUGAGCCGGCCCGCCGCGCCCUGUCCCCUCCAGUGCUACUGCUUCGGCAGCCCCAAGCUGCUGUUGCGCUGCGCGCCGGGCGCCGAGCUCCGGCAGCCGCCACGGGACGUGCCGUCCGACGCGCGCAACCUCACCAUCGUGGGCGCCAACCUGACAGUGCUGCGCGCGGCCGCCUUCGCCGACGGGGACGGGGACGCGGACGGAGAGGAGGCGGCGACUCCUGGUGUCCGCCUGCCGUUCCUCACCGCGCUGCGCCUCACGAACAACAACAUCGAGGUGGUGGAGGACGGCGCCUUCGAUGGGCUGCCCAGCCUGGCGGCGCUCGACCUGAGCCACAACCCGCUGCGCGCCCUGGGUGGUGGCGCCUUCCGCGGGCUGCCUGCGCUGCGCUCGCUGCAGCUCAACGACGCGCUGGCGCGCGGCGGCCCCGCGCUGCUGGACGAGCUGGACGCCGCGCUCGCCCCACUGGCCGAGCUGCGCCUCCUGGGCCUGGCGGGCAAUGCGUUGAGCCGCCUGCCGCCAGCCGCGCUGCGCUUGCCGCGCCUUGAGCAGUUGGACGCGCACUCAAACGCACUGACCGACCUGGGCCCCGACGAGCUGCGCGCGCUCGAGCGCGAUGGAGGCCUGCCCGGGCCGCGCCUGCUACUCGCCGAAAAUCCCCUACGCUGCGACUGUGCCGUGCGCCCCCUGCUGGCUUGGCUGCACAACGCCACGGAGCGCGUACCCGACGCGCGCCGCCUGCGCUGCGCGGCACCGCGGGCGCUGCAUAACCGGCCCCUGCUAGGACUGGACGAGGCGCGGCUGCGCUGCGCCGAUGUCGACCUAGACCGACGCGGAGAAGAGGUUGACGGCGCCGGUCCGGAGCUGGAAGCCUCUUACGUCUUCUUUGGGCUGGUGCUGGCGCUCAUCGGCCUCAUCUUUCUCAUGGUGCUCUACCUAAACCGCCGCGGCAUCCAGCGCUGGAUGCGCAACUUGCGCGAGGCCUGCCGGGACCAGAUGGAGGGCUACCACUACCGCUACGAGCAGGACGCGGACCCGCGCCGCGCGCCCGCCCCGGCCGCUCCCGCUGGCUCCCGCGCCACAUCUCCAGGCUCGGGCCUUUGAGCCUGGCUUGCUGGUUAUCAGGGGCUGCCCCCCCCCCCCACCCAGCGGAUGACCUCACUGGGGUCCUGGUCUGAAGCCAUGGAAUAAGAUACUCGGGAGCAUGGCGCUCCAGAACUAACCCCAGACCAGCUGAGACCUUUGGACCAUGGUAUUCCACUUAUGCUCCAAGCUGUCCUCGAAGUCAUUCCAUCUGAUUCCAGAAACUGCACCUGCCCACCUGCUCUGAAAGCUCUCUCACCCUUAACAGACUCGCCCAGAGACCUUGUCUCUCAAUCCAAAAACUCUUUGAGACAGCCUCCACCACUCUGGUUUUGAGCUUGACCUCAACACUGCGCUGACUCUUGUCCCCAGCUCAAAGCCCACAGUCCCUCUUCCCAGGGCUCAGAGACUUUGUGUACCAUUCUUUCUCAGAAGCAGAGCGCCCCCAUCAGAAGGUUUUAGUAGACUUUGAGCCCUUUGUCCCGUCCUGGAGCUCUGAGCCCUCCAUCCUACAUAGAAACCUACAUCCUGGGGCCCCGAGAGUUGGAAUCCUCCCCGAUGCUGACAGUGUAUUUUGUAUCCCAACCCUGGCUUGGCCCCCUCUCUUCUGUGGCCCAGGCUUGGGACUUCAAUCCUAAUCUGCCUUUCCAUUUCCAAGGAGGAGCACACCCUUCUGUAGCCUUAGUGUGGAUCCCAUCCUCAGCUUUCCCCAGCGAUGUUCUGGCCUCCCAACACUCACUGCUUGCCCCCAACCAUCUGAGUUUCGUCCCCCUGCUUAAGUUUUAGGAUCUCGUUCGCCCCAUACCCACACCUUGUACCACACCUGCUGUUCCCCUGCCAGGGUUCCAGUGAGGAAUCUAUCGCUGGGCUGUGCCACCCCCUUCCCCCCCCGGGAUGAGCUCUCCAGUCCCACAGGACAAGCGCAGAAAUCAGCAUCUCAGUGUGCACUGGAAGAUCCUCGUGGGGAAGGAAGAGUGCUGAGUGUGCAAAGGGAUGGAGGGGCCAUAGAGCCGGGUGGCAGCUCCAUCAUGGCAUCAGAGUUAUGGGGGAAAGUCCGUUUCGUCCCCUGCUCUCCCCCUCCCAUUGUCUUGGGGAAUCAUUGCCACCACACCCCCACCCCAGCCUGUAUGUCUCACCUCCUGUCUCAGGCAUAAACCUGUUCAGGGACAGAGCCUCAGCACCCCGCCUUCUGCAUGAUCCCAAAGCACAACUGGUGAGUUGGGGAUGGGGCUGCCCUCCCUGACUCCCUCCCCUAGGUCAGGCAGAAUGGUUGGCCUGUGCUGCCUCUGCACACAGGAUUUCUCCCUCCUUUACUGUAUCGGCUUGAGGCCUGUCUUCCCAGCCCUUCCCCAAGAAAUCUGGACCUUCAUUGGCAGUUUUCUAUAAAGUCUGCAAUAAUCUCGGAUACA